AUGGUUGAUCAAGAAUUAGGUCAUUUGGAUGAGACAAGGAUGAUUAUUAAGUACUGGGUUCCAUCAGUGGCGUCCAGGAAGGAUGAUAUACUUAAAGUUUACGAAGACGAGAAGGAAAAGCUGCUUAGAUAUUUCAACAAACUCCCGUGUCGUUUUUCUGUAACAAUGGAGUGGUGCGGUGAGAACUCAGAUAACUUUUGGUUUAUAGCUUUCUGUUUUAUUGAUGAUAGUUGGGAAUUGAAGAAGAAGAUUAUUAAUUUGCCAAAAUAUAGAUUUGAUGAGAAUUUCUACAAAAUUCUGAAGCGUUCACUUCAGGAUUGGAACAUAGACAAAAAAAUAUGUUGUAUGAUUGAUAAUACAAUUCCAUUUUACAGUGGAACGAGUGAAGAAUUUAGUCAGAUUAAUAACUGGUUGAGUGAGCAAGGUUCACUUCCUUGCAUUGGGAGCAUUUUCCCAUUUUCUCGUUUGUUACGCAAACUUCAAUAUAAUCUAAUUUGGAAGAGUACCGAAUGGAAAAUUGACAUUUUCUUUAAGAUGGAGAAGGUUUUGAAGUACCUCAAGAAGACGUCAUCAAAUGAAAAAAAGUUCCAAUCUGCAGUAGAUAAAGCAAAGUCGAUAGGCAAGAAAGUAGCUUCUCAAGUGGUUCUUGAUCCGAGAUUCAAAAUGGAUAUUGUAGAACGUUGGUACAAGGAGAUUUAUGGCAAUGUUGUAGACACACACCUCAAGAUAGUCACUGAUGCUGUUACAAAUAUUUGCAAUGAAUAUGCAGAGCGCGCUUGCAAUUCUGAAUCAUCAUCCACUUGGGGCUGCGGUGAAAUGCUAGACGACAUGUGGAGGCAACACAAGGAUAUAGCUCGAUCCAGAAUAAGCUCGGCAACUAUGAUUGAUCGACCCAGCAUAAGUUUGUCGAGUUGUAACUCGACCCAGCAUAAGCUUGUCGAGUUGUAA